AUGGGCGAGAAAACCCGCUUCCAAAUGCUGAUGCGGCCGCGGCCACGAUCACGACAAAACCGCCGCCAGCUACGCCAGGCCACCCUGCUCCUCGGCGGCGCCCUGACGCUCUACUGCUUCCUGUUCGUCUGGAGGACACCCCAGCCGGCGUCGGCGUCGGCGCGCGCAGGGAAGCCGUCGCUGCCGCCGGAGGUGCUGAAUAACCUGUCGCUGGACGAGGGGCAGUGUAAUGCCUAUUUCCCGGGGCUCACGAAGGAGAUUGAUGAUGUGGUGGCUGAGGGCCCGUUUCCGGUGAAGCAGACGGGUGAUAUGGGGCCGUUGCAGGGGCGGAUUAAGGAUGGACAGAUACACAUCAUCCACGCGCAGCGCAAGUCGGAUCUUUCACAGGAGAUGCUGAACUCACGAACGGCCUCGCUGCACCAGCUCCACCGCGCGCUGCUCACCUCACCAACGCCGCUCCCGGACACCAUCUUCACGCUCAACUUCCAAGACCAGCCGUUCGGGACGGCGUGGGCGUACUCGCGGCACGCGGACCCGCAGUUCGUGUCCAAAAAGGACGGCCACGCGCGCACCUUUCUGAUGCCGCACUUUUCCUUCUGGGCGUGGAACCUGCCCUUCAUCGGGUCGAUGGGCCGCGCGGCGGAAGCGAUCGCCGAGCUCGAGGCGGAAUACGCGGGGGCGUGGCACGGCAAGAUCGCCAAGGCGGUGUGGCGCGGGACCAUGUGGUUCAACAGCGUGCACAGCCCGCGCAUGCGGCAGAACCUGGUGAAGGAGGCGCGGGGCAAGCCGUGGGCGGAUGUUGAGCCGCUCGAGUGGACCAGCAACGGCGGUGGCAAGGGGGCCGCCAAGACGGCUAGCAAUGCGCUCCCGAUCGAGGGCUUCUGCCGGUACAAGUACAUCAUACACACCGAGGGCAUCGCGUACAGCGGGCGGUUUCAGUUCCUGCAGAUGUGUGCCAGCGUCGUGCUCACCCCGCCGAUCCAGUGGAUGCAGCAUGUGACGCACCUCGCGAGGCCGCUGUUCUCGAGCGAUUUGGAUCUCAAGCGGGGUGGCAGUGGGAAGAGCUGGACGCCAACGGAGAAGGUUAAAAGGGCGUGGCCAAUGGGAUAUAAACCCGAAGAGGCGAAUAUCGUGUUUGUCGCGCCAGACUGGUCAGAUUUGGGCGAAACAGUGGCCUGGUUGGAGGAGCACCCUGAAAUCGCCGAAGGGAUCGCGAGAAGGCAGAGGGAUAUGUUUGUCGGUGGUGGGUAUUUCAGCCCCGCUGCUGAGACGUGCUACUGGCGAGCUAUGGUGAGAGGGUGGGCGAAAAUGGCGCGGACCGAGGGUCAGGGAUGGGAGGAUACCGAGGGGAUCACAUUUGAGGCGUUUAGCCUGACAAACACCACCUAA